AGAGUCCUGAGGGGCAUUUCAGAUGGCUGGGACAGCCUGAAAAUACGUGCCUUCACCUCUUGCCAAAUUCAGAAUCCUCCCAGCUGUUUGGAAAAAUCUCUUCUGUGCUCUUUUGGAUCAAACACAUUUUAUUGUAUCCUUUGGGACUCAAGAUGCUUCUUUUCUUUUUUCCACUUCCCCUCCUUAUUUCUACUUUAGUUCCUAGCUGUCAAGGCUGUUAUUUCAACUCAUUUCUACUUGUUUUAAUUGCCACAUCCAUUUUUUGAGAAAACUGAAAGCUACUGAGAGUUCUGUCCUCCUUCCCCCGACUUCCCCACUAGGUUUGAAAUCUGUCUGUUUUAGUAAGCAUUUCUCGCUUUUGUACUUUCCCUUUGGGUUUUGUGGUUGCUUCUCUCAUUUCUACUCUCCCUAUGUUCUUGUUAUUUAUCUGCAAGAGCUAUUGACUGUAUGAUAAUAACACUUGCCCACAAUGGAAGAAAUGCUCAGCCUCAUUGCCCUCUUGUGUUCUCCUUCAGGCUGUCAUGUAUGUUUGAAGAGAAGCUCAUGAACGUAUCUCGUUUCUCUAGGAUCUCUCCAUUAGCAAAACAGCAAGGCUUUUUGUAGCCCAAGCUGGGAGCUGGAAACAGGAGAAAUCGCUGAUGGCAGUCGCUGAGUGCCACCAAGUAUACAAUACAGAGCUCUUGAUCAAAUACCAUCCUGUCUGUUUAAGGACCCAGUGUGCCCGGGAUCUUGGUAGAAAUUACCUGUGACUCCACCCGCUCACCCAGCUGCUUCCGCCCUGAGCUGUCCGGAGUCUGGAGAAGAUGAAGACGUCUGUGGUUUUCGCCCUUCUCGGCUACCUGAUGGCUCCAAGUGGUGCUGCUGUCCUGGGGCGCUGUGUGGUGGCUAAGAGGCUUCAGGAAGGAGGCCUGAGUGAUUAUGAGGGCUAUAGCCUUGAAAACUGGGUGUGCCUGGCUUAUUUUGAGAGCAAAUUCAACCCCGAGGCUGUCUACGAGAAUGUGCGUGAUGCCUACGUGGGCUUCGGCCUCUUUCAGAUUCGCAACACCAACUGGUGUGACAAGGGCCAGAACCUGUGCCACGUGUCCUGUUCCGAUUUAUUGGAUCCAAAUUUAAAGAAGACAAUUGAAUGUGCCAAGAAAAUUGUAAAAGGAAAAGAAGGGAUGGGAGCAUGGCCCUCCUGGACCCUGAACUGCCAGUUCUCCGACACUCUGGCACGCUGGUUGGAUGGAUGUAAGCUGUAGCUACCAGGGUGGCCCUUGCAACACUCACCAGAUGCAUCUUUUGAAUGAAGGUGCUUUCCUGCUUGCUACUCAAUCCUGUUGAUUAUCUCACUGCUUGACAGGUCCAGAUGGAAAAGGACAAAACUUUCCUUCACCCAGGGAUGCUGGAGGCAGAAUAAACC